AUGGGCACCAUCGCUCUCAACGACGGUAAUACUCGGACUGCUUGCUACAUGACCAGUUCACCCAACGUGCAGCCUGCGACCGACUCUGAUGAAUCGACUCCAAAGACAAAAGAUUCCGAAGUUUGGGUCCCGCCGAUCUAUCACUCAUAUCUUGACGUCUUUGAUGAAGGAGAAGCGGAUAAGCUUCCUCCUCCGUACGACCACACCAUUUCAUUGGACCCCUCGAUCACAGUCCCGGACGGACGCCUCUAUCCCUUGAACCAGUCAGAAUUAAGAACCUUGUCCGAUUACAUUGACGAUCAUCUCAGGAAAAGCCCUAUUGAGCCAUCACAGUCACCUAUUAUCGCAGAAAUGUUCUCGAGUGGUAACUGAUGAUGACCACGACUCAGUCCAAUGAACAGGGACGAGAACAGAGUGGCCAGAGACUAAGGGACAGACUCGCGGAAGGCUAGAAAGUGAAGCGUAAAGCUAAAGCUAAUAAGGAGAGAGAUUAGAGACUAGUAAAGUAGGGAGAUUGAGUGACUAAGGAGAGAAUGACACGCCGCUAGGCUUAAUCCCAAGUACCUUAAUAGGAACAAUAAUCAGAUGAAGGACGGGACAACCCAUAUGACCAUAUACAAACGACACCUAUUGGAGCACCUAUUUUAUUCAUCAAAAAGAAGGACGGCACGAUGCGCCUGUGCGUCGACUACCGUGCCCUACUAAACAGCGCCACAAUCAAGAACCAAUAUCUCUUGCCCCUGAUCGGGGAAUCACUCGAUCGACUCUCCGGUGCCCAAAUUUUUUCGAAAAUCGAUCUUCGUGGUGCCUACAAUCUCAUCCGCACCGCCAAAGCAGACGAAUGGAAAACAGCAUUCCGCACACGUUACGGGCACCUCCACUGCAGGCACUGCGGCGGGGGACAAGAUCGUGACCGAUGCGACCACUACGAUCGGAACACACUGCAAGGAGGAUGCAGUUUAG